CCACGGCUUUCACCGCCAGUUGCCACAUUUGUAGAUUGGUGAAAUCGGUAGAUUCGCACUUGCUCUUCGUCAUCGAAGUCUUGUUCAAUUAUACGCGCUGCGCUGCAAUAUUUAAUACUUGGUCGUUAGGGAAGAUAGUGAAGUGACGCGCAACAUGAAUCAGAACGGCGCUGGUGAAAAUGGCAAAGGCAGUUACUACAGGUCACGGUCUCGGUCUCCGGUAGACUACGACAGGGACCGUGAUUCAAGCCGCAACCGCAGGAGGUCCGACUCGCGCCCCGACAGGCAGAGGUCUCGUGCACCCUCUGAUCGGCGUGUGUACGUUGCCAACGUGCCUUUUGAUUGCAAAUGGACUGACAUCAAGGACCUGUUCCGGGAUAAAGUUGGUGACGUGUCCUACGUAGAGCUGUUUGAAGAUGAGAAUGGCAAGUUCCGGGGAUGUGGGAUUGUGGAACUCAAGGACAAAGCGUCAGUGCCUAAGGCAAUCGAGGUGCUUCACAGAUACGAGAUGAAGGGCCGAUUCCUCGUUGUCAAGGAGGAUUUCGAUGUGGAACGUGACCGCUUUGGGCGCCCGAUUCCUCGAGGACGGUCCGGUGGCGAUCGCAUGAUGGAUGACCGUGGCCGUGAUGGCGAUCGAGACGGCUAUGGCCGUGGCGGUGGUGGUGGUGGCGGCGUAGGCUUCAACACAUAUGGAUUGAGUCCCCAGUUCCUCGACUCUCUCGGAAUUGUGGGACCCCUCUCAAACAGAGUGUUUGUGGCCAAUCUUGAUUAUAAGGUGACUGCGAAAAAGCUCCAGGAGGUGUUCAGGAUUGCAGGCCGUGUUUCAAACGUAGACCUCCGGACUGAUAAGGAAGGGAACAGCAAGGGCCACGGAAUUGUCGAGUUUGAGCACCCCAUUGAAGCUGUCCAAGCCAUCUCGAUGUUGAAUGGCCAGAAGUUGUACAACCGAGCAAUGAGUGUCCGCAUGGACAAGUACAAUGAAGAUCUCGACGGAGGAGGUCUCCCGUCAAAGCUUCCACCUGGCCUUCAGGGAAUAGGAAAGGGCCUUGGUGCUGGUGGAAACCCUCUUCAAAUGACUGCUGCCCAGCUGGCCCAGAUGAACAUGACUGGCCCAGUGGGUGGAAUGCCCAUGGGCGGUGGAGUGAACCCUGUGGCAGCAGCUGGCAUGGGGCUGGGUGGCCUGGGAGGCAUGGGCCUGGGUGCUGGUGGCCUGGGUGCAGCAGGAACCGGAGGCCUAGGUGCAGCAGGUGCAGGACUGGGUGGCAUGGGUUCGGCUGGAGGCUUGGGUGGGCUAUCGGACCGCUCUAUGUUGGGCACGGGCAACCUCAUGGGUGGUGCCAUGGCUUCACCCACAGGGCUAAUGGGUGGCCUAUCGGGGGGCUUGGGCGGAGGGUCCUCGGCCUUGGGUGCUGGCAACGGUGGCGGUCUGGACUACGACCGACAUCUUGGCGGUGGCGAUGGCUACCGAAGUCCCCGCUCUUCAGAUGCCAUCAUGGUGCAGAAUCUUCCCAUGGGCUACAGCUGGCAGAACCUGCGUGAUCGCUUCCGGGAAGCUGGGAGCGUGCGGUACACCGACAUGAAGGGACGUGGUACCGCAAUUGUGCGCUUCAACUCCGAGCGGGACGCCCAGCGGGCUGUUGACAUGAUGAAUGGCAUCCGCCUCGAGAAUCGUCAGAUUGAUGUGCGCCUCUACUGAGCACCGUGGGUCGUCAUGUCCUUUGUCAUCGUCAAUCCCUCUGGUCUCCCUUCUCUCUCUCUUUUCCAUGGGCUCCUCUCUUUCUCUUUUUUUUUUCCAUGUCCUCACUGUCGACAUUUGAUGUCUUCAUCCAAUGUACCGCCGUCAUCCAAGAGGAAAAAAAAAAGCCUCCCACCGCUCAUGGAUAGUUCCAUUUCCUCCGUUCCAAGCUGUCCAUCGAAGCAAGGUGGCUGGCUCCAAUUAACCUGAAGCGGCUGGCCACACGUGCAUUGUAUGGAGGGGGAAUGGUCCUGUCACUUUUUUUUUAGUACUCUCUCUUGCUUGUAUAGUCCAAGAACAUCAUUUUCAGUGCAGGAUGUGUAAAGAUACUGGUUUUAGAUUUGGUCAUGUUUUUGUGAGCAUCCUCACUUCGCAAGUAUUGAUUUGUCUAGCAUUGUGCUUGUUUAAAUUUGUUUUCUCUUUGCCAUUGGUCGCGGGCUCUGUUUUCGUUAUUUCAGUCGCCAUACCGAGACAGUCAACAAUUUGUGCAUUAGGCGUUUAAAUUGCACAAGCCUUUGUGACGUUGCAGCACCACAUCGUUCAUUUGAAUCAUCCAUAAUGUAACUUUUUUUUUUUUUUCCUUUUAUCUGAUGGGCAGAUGACAUGUGGGCAUUGUCAAUUUUUUUUUUUUACCGAUAUUCGGUUUCAAAUCACUGAGUAAAAUUGCCAUAACGGUCGCAUGGUGGCAAAAUGUCAAGUUUUUAUCCUUGUUCGUCAUUCUUUUUCUUCCUUUUGUUCAGCGUCCGAGCAGUGGCGUUGAUGGAUGCAUCCUCAUAUGUACAUUUGCACAUGCACCAGGCUGCAACUUCAGUCAGGAAAAGCCUUCAGUUCAUGCCACAGUUGAGUAGUCGCACGUAGCAAGUUGCCAUUUGUUUCUCGAUGAUGUGGGCUGCAGCGUGGGCUCAACAAGCUAUAACGAGGCAGGUGGUCACACUUGCCGCGAAACCACCCUUGUUGCUUCUAGAAUAAAGCUUCCUUUGUCUUCGUGU